CGGAGUCAGCGUGUGCCCGCCGUCUCUCUUCCCGGUUUGGGACCGCAGCCUGCCGGUUUCGACUUGAUGGGAACCUCGACGUGACGAUCGAACGUUACCGAAGAGAGGCUGCAGGAGCGCACAGGACAUGAUGAAGUUGGUGCUCCUCUUCUUCAUUUCGGCUGCAUCCUGCCCGGUCACCCUGGCCACCAUCACUGCGCCAAAUGAGUUUGUGUCCUUGGCAGAGAUGGAGGACGCUCUGCUGAAGAACCUCUUCCAAGGCUACCAACGCUGGGUGAGGCCCAUUCAGCACGCCAACGACACCAUCAGAGUCCGCUUCGGACUCAAGAUCUCCCAGCUGGUCGAUGUGGAUGAGAAGAACCAGCUAAUGACAACAAAUGUUUGGCUGUGGCAGGAAUGGACGGAUUACAAACUGCGUUGGAAUCCAGAUAAAUACGGAGGCAUCGCUUCCAUCCGAGUUCCAUCUGAAAACAUUUGGCUCCCCGACAUUGUCCUCUAUGAGAACGCUGACGGGCGAUUUGAAGGCUCCCUGAUGACCAAAGCAAUUGUCAAGUACAACGGGGUCAUCACGUGGACACCGCCUGCCAGUUACAAGUCGGCGUGCACCAUGGACGUCACCUUUUUCCCCUUUGACCGCCAGAACUGCACCAUGAAGUUCGGCUCUUGGACCUACGACGGGAACAUGGUAGACCUCGUUUUAAUUGAUAACCAGGUGGACAGGAAGGACUUCUUCGAUAACGGCGAGUGGGAGAUUCUCAACGCCACGGGGGCAAAGGGGAACAGGAAGGACGGCCUGUAUUCCUAUCCUUUCCUCACGUACUCCUUCAUCCUGAAGAGGUUGCCGUUAUUCUACACGCUCUUCCUCAUCAUCCCUUGUCUGGGGUUGUCUUUCCUGACUGUGCUGGUAUUCUAUCUUCCGUCCGACGAAGGGGAAAAGUUGUCUCUCUCCACCUCUGUCCUCGUGUCGCUCACUGUCUUCCUCCUCGUCAUCGAAGAGAUCAUCCCCUCGUCUUCCAAAGUCAUCCCUCUCAUCGGCGAGUAUUUGCUCUUUAUCAUGAUCUUUGUCACGCUCUCCAUCAUCGUCACCGUGUUCGUCAUCAACGUGCACCACCGCUCGUCGGCCACCUACCACCCCAUGUCGCCAUGGGUUCGCAACCUCUUUCUUCAGAAGCUGCCCAGACUGCUGUGCAUGCGAGGUCACAUCGACCGGUACCACUACCCGGAGCUGGCUCCUGAAAGUCCCGAGGUGAAGCCACGAUCUGGAGGUCGGAGAGCAGGCCAGAGGGCAAGCGGAGGACAGAGCGCUUCUGAUGGAAAGGAGGACGAGGCCUGGGCAACCAUGCUGGAGAAGGCCAUCUAUUCAGUGCGAUACAUCAGCAGACACAUCCGAAAGGAACACUUCAUUCGAGAGGUGGUACAAGACUGGAAGUUUGUGGCCCAGGUGUUAGACAGGAUCUUCCUCUGGGCAUUCCUGACUGUCUCAAUACUUGGCACCAUUCUUAUCUUCACUCCAGCCCUGCAUAUGUUCUUCAAAGUCCCUCCACCAAUUGCAAGUGAGGAUCCCACUUCAAUGUCACAGCUUUAGCACGGACGGACAACUGAUGUUUCAGUCUAUAAAUGAUCGACAAUCAUUUUAUUAAAGGGGCUCUUUUAUCCUUAUAAUAAUUCAUUGUUACACUUAUUUAUCACACACUGUUCCUCCAUGCAGCUCUGUGUGUUAACUCUUCUAUCUCUUGCACUGUCUUCCCUUUUAAUGUUUUUGUGUUCUGAAGAUAAACAGAAUUUCAACAGCACUGACAUUUUGCUAAUGCAAAUGCUAAUGCAAUUUACACGGUAAGAGUAAGUAAUGUACAGACAAAUAUUAACUGAUUUCACUGCUUGAAUGGUUAAUUUUCAGCAUUUACACAAAGUGACAGUACAGUAAAUUCCAGCUGUCACUGACAAAAGCAAGGUCUUGAGGUUAGCCUACUGAUAGAAAAAUGACUUAUCAUUUAUUCAUCCAAAAAUACGUCUUCCGAUAGACUGUGUUGAAAUCAGUCUAGCAAAAUUACAAAGUGAUGCAUACAUGAAAGUUGUUUCCAUAAAAUGCAUAAAAGUGUACGAGACGCUUAAUUAGCAAUGUGAGCGUGUCAGUGUGUGACAGUAACCCCUAGUGGUAACAAAACAUAAAAUUAUAGUAUUUCUUGCCUAAAACCUUUUUAAAAUAUAUUAUUUAAAUUCCUGAAAUGCAUACAGUAUAUAUGAUUACUUUUUGAUCAGAAGAGAAUCACCACUAUUUCUGUGGCGCCGAAUAACAAUAAUAAUAAUACUAAGAACAAAGAGCCCUGCGUAGAAAUAAUACUUGGCAAUGUAUUAUUAAUAUGAAUAUUUAUUGCAGCUGCAACACACUUUUUCAUUUCACUAAAUGUACUGGAUUUUACUGCUGCACAAUGACACUAUUCUAAGAUGAGUCAGCAUGUUUUACAACAAAUCUAAACAGUCUCGCUGCCUCGGUAUGAAAUACAAGCGGGGAUUUUAGCCAGCAAACUUCGAAAGGAUAUUGUAUCUUCUCUGCCUGCUUUGAUUAAAUUGCUGUGGUAUUGUUGAAUAGAUAGUGCAUCUAAAGUAUAAUCAUAAGCCAAAUAUGUUACAUGGUGGCAACUCUCAUUUGCAUCUAAAACGUAACUAAGGAGCGCAUUUAUGACACCGUAAUGAAACAUUAUCUCCAAAAAGCCUGCCAUUAACCACAUUAUAAUCAUGUUUGUUUACCAUAUCAACCCUCAUAUCAUUUGUCUUCAUGUUUCCUAUUUGCGUCCUCCCGUCUGGCUGUCCAAGUGUGCUCUAGCAUUGCGCAACAUCUCCAUGUACAGCCUGUUGUUCUCACUGCAAUGUCAAUAGAAAAGUGUUAUGAUCGUAAUAUUAUCAUGAUAUCAUAUAUGAAUGAUGAAAAUUAUGUCAAUUUAGCCCCAGCUAAAAUAGAUCAAUAAAAUAUCAAUAAAAAUACAAUU